UUGGAAGGCUGAGGCACGGAGGUCAGUUGUUCAAGGCCAUCGUCAGCCCUGUAUGGCUUUCCCAUCACAGGUCAUUUGAGAGCUGGCCUGUGGGCUACUGACAGAAAGAAACCUUAGCCCAGCAGGGCUCCUCCAAGACCCAAACUAACUGAAGUCAGACGCACCCUCUGAUGUGGUCUGCACAGGGCCCUGGGCUCAGCUCACCCCAUUCUUGGAGCAGCCUGCAGACUUCAGACUCUCUCUUCCCUACGGGAGAAAGUCAGCCAGUCCUCCUCAGCUGCUUGUCUUAACCUGCACCAUGAAGCCUGAGGAAAUUUCAAGAGGAAAAGCUUUUGGACUGCUGAAAGCCCAACAGGAAGAGAGGUUGGAUGGGAUCAACAAGCACUUCCUCGAUGAUCCCAAGUACAGCAGUGAUGAGGAUCUGCAGUCCAAACUGGAGGCCUUCAAGACGAAGUACAUGGAGUUUGAUCUGAAUGGCAAUGGAGAUAUCGAUAUUAUGUCCUUGAAGCGAAUGCUGGAGAAACUUGGGGUUCCCAAGACCCAUCUAGAGCUGAAGAAAUUAAUUAGAGAGGUGUCCAGUGGCUCCGAGGAGACGUUCAGUUACUCUGACUUUCUCAGAAUGAUGCUGGGCAAGAGAUCUGCCAUCUUGAGAAUGAUUCUGAUGUAUGAGGAGAAAAACAAAGAACACCAGAAGCCAACUGGUCCCCCAGCCAAGAAAGCUAUUUCUGAGUUGCCCUAAUUGGAGGUGGAUAUAACACGGUGGGACCGAGGACCUUCUAAUGACAGCAGCAUGGGAAAAGAAGAAGCAGUUGUGAGCCAGAGUCAAACUAAAUAAAUAAUGCUCCCUAGUGCAA